AUGGCCAGCCCGCACCUGCUCUCCCCGGCACAGGACGAGCACAACUGGUCCGCGCCACACACUCUCACCACCACCACGACUUCCACCACGACGCACAUGCAUACCGCUACCUCCACCGCAACCUACCCACCCUCGCCCAACGCCAGCGCUGCCGCCGUGACACUCGCAACCUUCUCGGAUAGCAGGCCGCCCACCAGCCACGGCGAAGAAGAUGAGGAAGACGUCGACGACCACGACUUCGACCAGGACCACAGUGGGGGCAUAUCUUUAGCAGACUUCCAGCAAUACAUGGACACCGCCAUAUCGACCACAUACACCAUGGAUGAGGACGAAGAUGGCACCGGACAGCUGCAGUCUGACAUGGCUCAAUUUCACCCCUGGUCCUUUCCUACACCAAACUCAACACUGGACAUGUUCGACCCCCCGGCCCCUUACCACAUGCCCAACAUAUACCCCACUGGUCCUCCCGUCUUGAUGAGUCACAUGUCAAGUUCGGAGCAUUCACUCGAGCCCCAGCCGACGCAACAAGAGACCCAUCUGAGCAUACACGACAUGGCCUCGUUUGAGCCCAUCACCUCCUUCUUCAACCGCAUUGUACCUGAGAAGCCUACCGUGCCGGGCCUAGACCUCAUCCAGGUGCCCAAGUCCAUAACCCGGCAUGACCUCCAUGGCGAUAGAUACGACUACCAAGGCAUCGAUUGGAGUGUACGGAACACCACACGCGCAGCAGUACGAGCAAAGCGAGUCGAAGCAGAGAGUCGGAGGCUGCUACCGAGUCUAAAGGAAGUUCGCAAGUGGAUUCCAACUACACCAAACACCGACAACUUCUUCCAGUUCAGGAGAAACAACACUACCCACCGUGCAGUCUUCCCUCACUUCCAACUUCGAAACAUAUUGGCAGCCACAUCUCGAAAUGAUAUCUUCUACGCAGCCGGUCACAGAGUGUUUCGUACCGACGCCGAAGGAACCCCUGCCGACGUGGUCAUAGAUCUAAGCAAGUGUAGGCCUACCAACCAACACCAAGAUAGCGCCGUCACCACAAUCGCUACCACCGACCAUGUGCUGAUUGCCGGCGCUUUUGAAGGGGAAUAUACUAUUACUAAUCUCUCAUCCACCUAUGACUCCCCUUGCACAGUCGGCAGCACAAUAGAUGUGCACGUCGAACACAAGUCCAGAAUAGUCAAUCACAUGCACCUAUUCGAAUCUCGGACAACAUACACUCCACAGGCCGUUCUCUGUUCCAACGACCAUCGAUUGCGUAUCCUAGACUGCGCAACUAACACGUUGACGCACUCCUUCCACUACCCAGCAGCCGUCAACUGCUCAGCCACUAGCCCCAAUGGCCGGAUGCGUGUCGUAGUAGGCGACUUCCAGGAGACCCUUAUCACCAACGCGGAAACCGGUAAGCCUUUCGAAACACUAAACUCACAUACCGACGACGCUUUUGCUUGCGCCUGGGCCGACGACGGCAUUCACGUCGCAACCGCUGCGCAGGACUCUACCAUCGUUGUAUGGGACGCCAGAUACUGGGAGAGACCACUUACAGUCCUUACGAGCGAGCUCAGCGUACCACGGUCUCUCCGCUUCUCGCCCGUUGGCUCUGGGCCUCGCGUUCUAAUUGCUGCCGAAGCGGAUGACUACAUCAAUGUCAUCAAUGCGCAAACGUUCGAGUCGAAGCAAGUGUUUGACUUUUUCGGUCCAAUUGGGGGCGUCACCUUUACGCCUGACGGGCAGUCACUCUUCAUUGCCAAUGGAGAGAGGAGAUUCGGUGGCAUCUUCGAGCUCGACCGCACAGGUUGGGCUGAGAAAACCGCUCGCAGGAAGUCGUGGGAUAACCCCGAAUGGGAUGAUAUAACGACGGAUUGGGCCCACGAAAGCGCCCUCAACGAUUACGAAAGAAUGGUAGGCGGAAGCAUGGGACGUCAACGGAGGCACGUUGAUUUAGGCCAGCUCGUCGUAUGA